AUGGAGACUGCACUAAAGUGUCCCAUCAUGUGUGCAGGAAACUGCAUCUCCUAUGAUGAGCUGAAAGAGCUGAAGACUGAAUUUGCCAUCAAUCUCUACCGGCAUGUAUCCGAAGCAGAGAACAGAACCAAUCUGGUAGUCUCUCCAGCAAGCGUGGCUGUUUCUUUGGAGCUGCUGCAGUUUGGAGCUCGAGGAAAUACCUUUACAGAGCUGCAGGAUGUCCUAGGAUACAACAUUCAUGAUCAAAGUGUGCAGGAUUUCUUGCACUCAGUGUACGAAGGAGCGACCGACUCCAGCCAAGGCACAGUGCUUCAGCUGGCAUGUUCUUUCUUUGUGGACGCUGACGUGCAGCUCUCGCCCCACUUCACUGCACAUGCUGCACGCUGGGCAAACAGCAGCCUGCAGCACACCAACUUCACUGACCCCAAAAGAACCACAGCCCAAAUACAGGAAUGGAUCACCAGUAACCUUGGAGAUGGGGACAUGCAUGUCAUGCCGUUGGAGAGCGCUGGGUCGCCACUCAGCCAGGUCUCCCUGGUGAGCACCAUGUACUUCAAAAGCAUGUGGCAAAAGAAGUUUUCCUUUAUGGAUACCCAGAUGUUGCCUUUUACCACGGCAGAGGGGUCAACCCUGAAAGUGCCCACAAUGCAUCACACAGCCGAAGUUAACUAUG